ACGAUUUAAAUUUGACUUUGAUUUUUAAAUGCUGAACUUUAUGUCUUAUAAAUAGAAUAAUUUUGCCCACAGAUGACUGAUGCCACGCCUGAAUGUAAAAAGAAAUGUAGACAGUACAGUGUUGAUUAUUUGAAGUUUGGCUUCAUUCCAUCAUUGACGGACAAACAAUUGCCUAUGUGUCUAAUAUGCAACAUAAUUUUGGGCAAUGCGCUAUGCACUGUUCUCCAAAUUGACCGCCAGAUUGAAACUCUCCCCACUUUAAACUUUUUUGCAUUUAAUUAAUCAUAUGCAUUAGCAAACACAAUUUAAGUUGUCAGAAAAAUCUGAACUAAGUGCUAAGUAUGUAUAUUUUUAAAGUUAAAACUUAUAAUUUUUUUCUUUUUUUUUUCGUAAGUUUAAUUAAAGUCAGCCAUUAUGGUAGUCAAAUAAGCUAUUUAUGGCAAUGAUAUUAUUGAAUUACGGAUAUAACUUUCACUUUUCAACAUGGCGUCAGACUUCAAAUUAUGUACUUGUGCAGUUUGCUUGAUAAAUAAAGGUAUCAGAUCAAAAUCUUUAACACCUAUAACACCUUCAGUGCGCGAAAAAAUUCAAGAAUACAUCUGGCCAAACUUCGAUUCUGAUUUUGAAAUUUGUCCUUCUGUAGUUUGUUCCAACUGCAGAAGAAACUUAUUUAGUCUAAACAAAGGGGAGACUGCAUAUCUUUCCAACUGGUUAGAGACUAUAUCAAAGAUAAAUAGAAAUACUAUUAGGAGAACCUCUUCACUGCAAUGUAUCCAGACAGAUGUUGAGCCAGAAUUGAAUUUUUCAAGUGUGAAUAAGAAAAUCUGUGGGCUCUGCUAUUUGAAUCUUGGUAUAGGAAUUUCUCAUGAUUGUUGCAAAAGUAAAGCUGUUAACAAUAUAAUUGAUAUUAGUGAAUCGCUUGGAUAUAAAGGUGCAGAGCAAGUAGCUUCUGGAUUGUUAAAACGUAAAAUGGAACGUGAAAACAUUGUAAGUAGAGAGCAGUUCGUGUUGUCUACUGGUGGAAAUCUUCUCUCUGUUACAGUUGGAGUAAAUGAAAAUAAGUCGAAAAGAAAGAAAGUAAAUCAAGUUUCAUUCCAAACUAUUAUGGAGUUAUCGAAUGUAUUAGAACUCUCUAAAAACAAAACUAAAAAACUGUGUUCUACUUUACGCAGUAAUCUAACUGGUGUAGAAUCAAACAUUAAUAUUAAAAUGACUGAAUUACAGGAUACUCUAGAAACUUUAUAUGAAUGUAAAACUGAAGAAUUCCUUGACGGUGAUGACAUAGUUGUUAGAGAUAUAGUUUAUGUCAAGAAUACAACUGAAUUUAUCAAAUUUAUAAUUGAUGAAAGAGGUAUUGAUACCCCUAAUGCAAUAGCAAGAAUAACUAUAGAUGGUGGUCAAAACUUCCUUAAAGUUAUUAUCAAUGUUUUUGAUCCAAAAAAUCAUUAUUCUUUAUCCGAAAUGUAUGAAGAUUCUGGUGUGAAACGUUGUUUUAUCCUUGCAAUUGUGGAGAUGAUUUCAGAGGAUAAUGGCAAUCUCCAAAAAUUAUUGGAACCUUUGAAACUCGAAGAAGUAGAUUUUAGUUUAGCAUUUGAUUUAAAAUGUGCAAACAGUAUUUUUGGACUAUUAAGUCAUUCUGGCAAAUAUGCUUGUCUUUAUUGUGAAGGAGAAUGCUCCCUCAAAGCAGGGAAACUAAGAACAUUGGGUUCCAUAGAUAUGUUAUGAUCAAUAUGUAUGUGAAGGAAAAAAAAGACUAAAAAUGCAGGAUUACAAAAAUGUUAUAAAUCCUCGUUUAAUAUACUUAAAAGAAAAUCAAGAAACAAUUCUUGAACACAUUGUUCCUCCUCCUGAGCUCCAUAUUAUGAUGGGAGUUGUGGAUAAACUUUGUACUAUGCUUUUAUGCGUUUGGCCACCUUUUCAAAAUUGGUUAAAAACACAUUACAUAUUAAUUAGAGGAUACCAUGGAGUAGGUUUAGAUGGAAACAAUGCUAAUAAAUUUAUGUCCUUGUUAGAUGUUUUGGAGAGGGAUGUUACCUUAACUGCAACGAUUGAUAUUUUACCAAUAAUUAAUUGUUUGCGUAAGUUUUCAUUAGUAAAAUCAGCAGUGUUUGGUUUAGAAAUGGGUGCAGAUAUUUCUGCUAAAAUCGAAGACUUCAAAUGUUCUUUUUCAAGUCUCCAAUUAUAUGCAAAAGAUAUUUUUGACUAUGAUUUGAAAGUUUCCUGGAAAAUACAUAUUUUAGUGUGUCAUAUUCUUCCCUUUAUAGAACACAAUAAUAUUAGCUUAGGAAACUAUGCAGAACAAUGUGAUGAAGCUGUUCACCACAAAUUUAAAAAAACUUGGGUGAACUAUAAAAGAACUAUAGGUCACAAAAAUUAUGGAAAAAAGCUAAAAUCUGCUGUAGUUAAUUUUAAUUUAAAUAAUCAGUAGCAUUAAUAUAA